AUUAUUGUGAAUGUAAACUUCCGGAUGUUUAUGUAGUGCCAAAAUUCUGUAAAUUUUGGCGUUUAAUAAGCUUAUCAGUGUUAUUUAGACGGCAAAACCUGCAAAUAAAAGAUAAAGUCGCUAAAGUGCAAUCUAGCUUUGUUUUGAACGCUCUUUCUACACAUUUUAUCGAAGAGCAUACAGUCAUCAUCAAUAAUGGGCAAUCUCUUUGGAAAAAAGGAAAGUAAAAAGACAGAAUCCAGGGUGACAGAGCAAGACAAAGCAGUAUUGGAAUUGAAACAGCAGAGAGACAAGUUGAAACAGCUCAAGAAGAAAAUAACCCUUCAGAUGGAGAAAGAAAGAGAAAGAGCACGGCAGUUUUUAAAAGAGGGUAAAAAAGAGAAAGCUAAGCGGCUUCUAAGACAUAAGAAAUUUGGAGAAACACAGAUAGAGAAAAUGGAUGGACAGUUGGAAAAUAUUGACAGAAUGGUACAUGAUCUUGAGUUUGCCCAGAUAGAAGCACAGGUUGUGAAAGGUUUACAGGCGGGUAACGAGUCCCUUAAAAAAUUACACGAGAUGUUCUCAAUUGAGACAGUUGAGAAGAUCAUGGAAGAAACUCGAGAGGCAGCAGAAUAUCAACAGGAGAUAGAUGAUUUAUUGUCUGGAGGUCUCACACAGGAAGAUGAGGAUGAUGUGCUCUCAGAAUUAGAUGAAAUUAUUAAGCAAUCCCUGCCUGCAGUUGAGGAUGAAGGUGUACCAGAGCUGCCUGAUGUACCAGGCCAGGAACCAGAAGAGAAAGUCAAGGCAAGGAAAGAAAAACGAUCACCUGAAGCCAUGUUGGCAUCAUGACCCUCUCAGGAAUUUAGUUAAUUAUAAAAUUAUUGUAAUACUUGUAUCUACAAAUCAUGUGAUAUAUAGUUGUAUACUUGCUGUAUGCUGGUAUCCUAUGAACAAAAUGUUGUCACAUUUGUGACUGUACAUAUGACUUUGAAAUACCAGUGUGGGAUUGAAUUACAACAGAAAAAUGAUUCAUUAACUCAUAAACUUGUCAUUUACAGUAUACAUGGAAUGAACCUUACAUUGUGAGCUUGUUAUGGCUGUACCCUUUUUUGUCUGUGUUAUGUAUAUAUUUUGUGCAUUUUAUUUGCUGGAAAUACCUUUAUUAUUAUAUCCUUUGAUGUUUAUUUAUACUUUCACUAGCAUAACUUCACUCUGUGAUACCGGUAAGUUCUUUUAUCACAGCUUUUAAGUCUCUCAAGAAAUUGGCAGAAAAAUUCAGAUAUUUGGUUAUAUGUCAAAGAAAAUGUUUUGUAUCUACAAUAUACCUAUCACUAGCACUGACACUGGGUCACAGAACAGGAAAAAAGAACUGUGUGGCCUAGCCUUCAUCAGGGGUUUAUAAUAUUUUCUGUCAUUGAUUUAAAACAAACAUCCCUUAAGUUGUAGAUGAACCUAAUUUCUCCUAACAGUUAGAUAAUUUACAUCCACUUCAUAUUUGAAUCAGUAGAAUGUAUUUUUUCUUUGUUACAUUGUAUAUUUAUCAACAUUGUAAUGUCAUGGUGUUUUGCACUGCUACAUUGUGCAAAUAAAUUUCAUUGAAAGUAUUGAAAUAAAAAGAAAAUUUGUUCACUCUAUAUUUGAUAUUAAUUUUUGUUUCAUUCAACAUUUUCACCAGUAGCUGCCUCAUUGAUACCUAUUUUGAUCUUUGAAAUAAACAUACAAAUUUAAUAUGCUGUAUUAUAUAUUUGGGCAAAUGCUAAAUAGCAUUCAUUCAUUUAUUAGUCAGAUUUUAGCUUUGUUGUUUUAUGAUUGCCAGUGUCUGAGUCUGUGGUGGGGUUUAAGCAUUGAUCACCAUAGUUGAAAAUAGCAAACAGGACAAGCACUUUGCUAUGCAUAUUUACUAUUAUAUCUCACAAACAUUUCCCUAUAUAAAAUUCCUGUGCUUGUAUAUUUCAUAUUUCUCAAUGUUUUUCAUGUAACAUCAUGUUGGUACUCCUCUAAAAAUAGCACAGUCUAAACUGAUAUAAUUUACCCAGCAGGAAAUGUAACUUCAGAUAGCAUAUCUUUAAAAAUAACACAGUCCAAACAUUGAUUUGAGGUUUCCCCAAUAGAAAAUGUUAAUGUUACCCAUGUAAUAAUGUCAUAAUAGCAAACUCCUAAAUGCAGAUAACAGGUUUUCCAGUAAUCAGUUUACUACAUUUUUUUUGAAAUUAUAAAAAUAAGUUUUCAUUUUGUCAUCUCACUUGUCUAUCUUUCAUUUUGAUAAAUAGCCCCUCGAUUGACAUAAAAUUUCUUGGGUUCACAAGUUCUGCCAACACACUCAGAUGCAUGUGAUAUUUACGUAAUGCCUGGCCCUUAUCAUGAGAGCAUUGGUAUCUUUAGGAGGCUUUCUGAUUGCAUGUUUUAUUUAUUAUAAUAUUAUAUCCUUAUUUAUAAUUACGCAUUAGUCACGAUUUAAUCUUGUACAUCUAUCUUGCAUUGACUACAAAAAAUCAUUGUUAAAUUUUUUGUAUACAUUGACACAUAUUUUACGUCAUUUUGAUGGCAUAACUAAUAAAUGAUACAAAUACAUA